AUCAGAAUCCAGAAACAAAUCAACGCAAAACGGCGCUGAGAGAAGAAACAACCGACGAAAUUGCCAGUAUGGCUGAGGACAAUAAUCAGGAUACAGAAAACAAUCAAAACCCGGAGAACAAUCAGACGGCCGAAAACAGUAAAAAUCCGGAGGAAAAUCGAAACAUUCAAAAUCGAGAAAACAAUCAAAACCCAGAAAACAAUCCACCCCAACCCGCAGAUAUACCAAUAGUAUUUGAAGAAAUCGUUAAACCACAAACCAUGAAAUUAACACCAGUGGAAUCAGAUGUGUCGCUUACGAUAGAACCCUCAGAACCAGCAAGUUUUGUCAACGUAGCGCCACCUGAUCACGAAAUAAUUGAAGUAGAGGGUGAAAGAUCAAGGCUGCCGUCGCUAGCGCCUUCCGAGAGAACUAUCUCUCGAAUUCUACCGUUUUCCUCAGAAAAUCAACUGCAGCCGGGCGAUAUGGAAGCGGCACCGGCACGACGCACAGAUAGUAUAAAGUCGAAGAGAACUGUGAGUCUGCCGGCAACCACAAGUAAUGUAGAUAAGAUAAUUGAAGAGGACAUACAUUUGACAUCAGCACAAAUGGCGGUAUUGCGACAAUUCAAAGGGAUGAUGAAGGAACCCGAACAAGAAACGGAUGCAGAGCUGCAUAUUGAAGAUAUUAUACAAGUGAAACGUACAUGGUUAAAACCAAUCGGACUCACUUUAGUUUGGUUGAUGUUCACCGUGCAAUUUAUUAUCUACAGAGAUUUGCCGCRUAAUCCGACAUUAGUCUCAAUACAUCCGGGCGAACGGGUAGUAAUUAAUGUGCCCGCUAUAACGGCCACGGCAAUAUCUAUGUCMAUCAAGGGACCCUUCCUCGAAGAUGGUGAGCUGAUCUAUGAGGGUAGGGUAAGCGAAGCGAAUUUCGUUUUCAUACAAGUGGUGCGUACAUUUUACGAUGAAAAUAUGACCGAGAUUAUAACGGUGAACGUAGCCGAUUUGUGGCGCGAAUAUUUGGAUACAAGCAUGGAAAUUGACAUGAUCAAUCCCAGCGAACGUCUGGCUUUGCUAAAUUUAUGGAAAAAUGUCUCCAAGGAUAAUUAUACACGUAUGUUUUUAAAUGCGCACACCGAUAUCAAUGAAACAGUAACGAUCAAGUAUAAUUACGAUUCGCUACCGGUGCCCACAGAGAAGGGUCUACUUUUUGCGCUACUCGUACUCGUACUACUUUACGGGCUCUUCAUUUUCGAAAUAACAAAUCCAACGGUGUCAACUUUAAUAUGCUGUACAUUCGCUUUAGCCAUACUCUCCAUAUUGAAUGCGAAGCCGAGCUUCGAUACCAUACUGCAAUGGAUCGAUAUGCCGAUGUUGACAUUGCUCUUCAGCAUGAUGGUCAUUGUAGCGAUCAUAUCCGAUGCGGGCAUGUUCGAUUUUAUCGCCGUUUACGCGUAUCAAAUAUCGAAGGGCAGCGUUUAUCGUUUGAUCAUGAAUUUGUGCUUCUUCAUUAGUUUGGUGUCGGCCUUUCUCAAUAACAGCACAACGAUGUUGCUUUCGUCGCCGAUUACGAUUAAGUUGUGUGAAGUAUCCGGCAUGAAUCCGGUUUCGGUGCUCAUCUAUUUGAUGAUAUGUGCGAAUGUGGGCGCCGCUUUUACGCCACUCGGCAGUCCGCCGAAUAUUAUUGUCACCACCAAUGAUUUUUUGCAAGAUCACGGCAUCACUUUCGGCAUAUUCGUGCUGAAUAUGGCACCGUGCACGUUUCUGGUGUUGCUGCAGACAUAUUUCCAAUUGCGUUUCUAUACGGAACACUCCAAACUACUCGAUUACCAURAAUCACAGACCAUACAGCAGGAGUUACUCAAUCGUGGCAUAAAGCGUUGGGAACGCGCUUCCUCAGCGAUCGGUAGUUUUUUGGCCGACGAUCGUAAGCUGCGUGCUGUUAUUAAUCGUGCGGUUGACAAGAUGCGUCCGGCUGGUAAGGGCAACUAUAAAAAUCCCAAGCCUGAUCCACAWCGUUACGAGCACACACUGGCCGAGUUGAAGAAGAAUCACGGCGUUAUCGAUAAAAACUUGUUGAUCAAAUGCGCCAUUGUCUUGAUAUUCAUCGUGUCGAUUUUCAUGUUGCGUUCAUUUGAGUUUUUCAACGUUAUCGGCUUUACUUGGACGGCGCUGCUCGGCGCCAUACUGCUGCUCAUCUUGGCCGACAUCAGUGAUUACGAGGGUCUUUUGUGUCGCAUCGAAUGGUCGACAUUGAUGUUUCUGUCRUCGUUUUUCGUUUUGAUCGAAGUGCUUUCCCGUUUGGGCUUCGAAGAUCUGGUCGGUAAAAAUAUUAUCAAAGCUAUCGAGAGUACGCCGCACGAUUUUCAGCUGCUGGUGGCGCUGUUGCUCAUCUUAUGGGUUACCGCAUUUGCAUCGUGUUUUCUCAACAAUAAUCCGGUUACGCAGAUGAUGGUGCGCAUUGUCGUGUCCAUAGCACAGAUUAAACCUUUGGCUUUGCCGUUGGGUCCACUCGUGUGGGCGCUGGUGAUGGGUGCUGCUUUUGGCGGGAAUGGUUCGUUGAUUGGCGCUUCGGCGAAUAUUGUAACGGCCGGUGUGGCGAAUAAGCAUUUGUACAAGCUGACAUUCCGUUCGUAUUUUUUAAUUGGGUUUUCGGUUAUGAUCGUUAAUAUUUGCAUUGCUUCGGUGUACUUAACUUUAAUGUAUGUGGUUAUCAAGUGGGAUGGCAUGAUAAAUGUUUUUUAA